AUGAUGUCGAAGCUAUCUAGCUUCGCCUCUUUGGCGUUUGUUCUCUAUUCUUUUUGUUUCAUUACACUCAUUCAUGCCGACGUCGCUCAAUUCCCCCCCGGCCGCCGGCUUCAUGCUCAAAACGCGUUCGUACGACGGUCCAAUGUCAUAGCAAAAGCACCGGAAUGGGCUAAAGAGAUUUCCCAGAGCCCAGCUCAUCAGAACCCAUCCAAGGCCCCACCAGUUCCGACCAAAGAUCUUGAACUUUCACAAGACUCUACGACUAGCCUCGAGCAAUACUACGAAGACUCAAAAAAUGCUUCCUUCAUCGACAAUACAUCCAGACGGUCAUUGAGCUCCCGCUCUCUCGAGAAACGUGGCCCCCUUUACUGCAAAGAUGGUCCAUGUGUCGACGGAAGCUGCUGUGGUCCUGAUAGCAUUUGCGGAUAUGGCCCCGACUUUUGCGGGAAAGGAUGUCAGUCCCAGUGCGAUGCAACUGCCAUGUGUGGAGAAUACAGUGAGAACGCCGAUAUGCCAUGCGGCAUGAAUCUCUGCUGCUCGCAAUCUGGCUGGUGUGGUACCACCGAGGUCUUCUGCCACAACGCCGACCCGAUCAACCUUAGUGCACCUUGCCAGGCCGGUUAUGGCUCUUGUUCCAUCGCUUCUACCCCAUCAUGCGCAAAAGGCGGCGGGAGUACAAAUGGCCGCACGAUCGGAUACUACCAGUCAUGGAACGUGAGGACCCGGAAAUGCGAUACCAAGACUCCCAAGCAGCUUGAUACCAAGGGCUUCACCCAUCUGUUCUACUCCUUUGCAUUCAUCGAUCCAACUUCAUACGCCGUUGUUCCAGCCCACGACGACGACCCUGCUCAGAUGCGAGAAUUCACCGGCCUAGCCAAGGACAGUCUCAAGACUUGGAUUGCUGUCGGCGGCUUCGACUUCAGCAACCCCGAGACAAAGACCCACCACACCUGGAGCGACAUGGUAGCGACGAAGGCCAAUCGUGCUGCUUUUAUCUCUUCUGCCCGCGAGUACAUGGACGAAUAUGGUUUCACUGGCAUCGAUCUCGACUGGGAGUAUCCGGGUGAGCCUAAGCGUGGUGGAAGAAAGCUUGAGGACACUCGCAACUUUGCUAUGCUUCUCCGUGAGAUGCGUGCUGCUUAUGGCGAUAAGUACGGCAUCAGUCUGACCCUUGCACCUGAUUAUUGGUACCUGAGAUGGUUCGACGCCAAAGCGAUGGAGCCUUUUGUCGACUUUUUUGGAUUUAUGGCCUAUGACCUUCAUGGAUUCUGGGAUGAGGACGUCAAGACUCUUGGCAAGGUUGUUCGCGGCCAAGCUGACAUACGUGAAAUCGGCAAUAAUACUGUUCCCCUAUGGUUCGACGGGCUUGAUCCCAAGAAGAUCAACUUCGGUCUUGCCAUGUAUGGCCGUGGCUAUACUGUCUCAGACAAGAGUUGCAACGGACUACUCUGCCCUUUCUCAGGCCCGAGCAAGAAGGGAGAAUGCACUGACUCUGAUGGCGUCAUGUCUCUUGGGGAGAUCAAAAACCUCAUCAAGAACAAGGGCCUCAAGCCCAACUACUUGAAAGAUUCUCUGAUGAAGGAGCUUACUUGGGACGAUCAAUGGAUUGGCUAUGAUGGUAAGGCCGAGCCGGUUGAGCAAAAUUCACCUGGUGAAAUCCCCAAGUCACUCCUCAACAAGAAGCUUCCAAACUGCAAGUCCGGAGAGUCUUAUGACGCUAUCAAGGAUAUGGGCACGUUUUGGUAUAAUUCUGGUGCUGAGCAGUGGGCAGACGAGUACAUCAACUCUCAGCCGGAUCAUUCCAAUUGGGCGCAGAACCUGUACCGCGAGCUCUUCCCAAAGAAGGACCACACCAAGUUCUCUUGUCAGGAACCUGGUGCUCCUUGCGAUCAUGAUUUGACAUGUGACGAUUUCAACGCGAUUGACAAAGGUGGGCUGUGGUAUCUUUUCCAGUCCAUGGCAGCUUUCCACAGUUUUAUGUCGCAGCUUUCUAUCGAGUUUGACCAGUCGAUUGGCAUCACAUCGGAUCAGAUUGGCACCAUGAGGCAAUUGCUAGGUAUCAAGAGUGGCGCGCCCAAGGCACCUCUCGACCUAGCUUCUAUUCUCGGUGCAGCUUUCAGCAUCGGAAGUGCCCUCGCCACACCUGCUGCAGCCGUCGGAGGUCCUUUGGCGGGUAUCAGUGGUGUCAUGUAUCUGGUAUCAGCCACAGGAGACUCUGGUGGUUCCGACGAUGCAGUGGAAGCGACAGACACGAUCCGGGGCCUACUGGCCAUUGUCGCCAAGCAGGGCUUCGCUAAUAUCAAGGCAAUUGUGGCCUCAACGUUUGGUAAGCAAGGCCAUAAGCAGACUGAUAUUCCCGAAGUCAUGCGCGUCGGAGGCGUCAAGAACCCGGCCGUAUCUGUUUUCGGGUGGGGAUCCUGGUUGAGAGACCAUGCUCUGAACAAUCUGGAUGAUGUGAUCAGCAAAAUGAAGACCAACUUGGAUCAAGCUCUUAUCUGGCAGAUGGCUAGACAAUUUAGAGGAGCUUACGUGGUCGUUAGAGACGACCUCCCUGUUGACAAGUGCACAAACCCGAACAACGCCUGGGAGGCAGACAAGAAACGAUGCCUCGACAUCCUCGCAUGGUACAACUUCCCUCUCGCCUAA